CACAAUUCUUUUUCUUUAGACUAAUGAUAAUGUAAGCGAUUCAACGACAAAGCUCGCGCCCACUCUCAAGUAACCGCUUCAGAUAAUGCAGUGCUCAUUGCAGCACACUCCAAACAUACAACCAGUGUAUGCGCUCAUGACUAUAAAGAUGUUUCAUGGUAACUAGGAACAAGUAGCUUGUCGGCACGCGAAAGCACACGGUCUGAUUAAUAUGACGAAAAGAAUCGUUCUUAGCGUAUUAAUAGUGAUCAUAAUCUUUUCUCGGAAAAAUGUUAGUUGUUAUGUACCAUUGGGUGAACUAGAUCAAAAUGACUAUCCGGAGUUAUGGUCUCAGGCUACAACUGUUUACGAAUUUACAGUUAAGGACCUCAAUGGAAAUGAUGUGCCUUUAGAAAAAUACAACGGUUUGGUGCUGGUAAUUACUAAUAUAGCAACACAUUGUUCAUUAUCAUCUUCAGCUUUCUCAGAGUUUAAAUAUCUACAGAAUAAGUAUUAUUCGAAAGGAUUAAGAAUUUUGGGUUUUCCAUGCUCUCAAUUUUUGUUCGAGGAACCUUAUGAUAAUACGACCAUAAAAAAUUAUGUUAAAGGACGACGUCUAAACUUUGAUGUUUUUGCCAACGUUGAUGUCAACGGAAGGAAUGCAUCGGAAUUAUGGAAAUUCCUUAAGAGAGUUAAAAAAGGAUUUAUUUUUGAUUGUAUUAAAUGGAAUUUCACCAAAUUCAUAGUUGACAGGAACGGAGUGCCCGUUGAAAGACUUACUGUUUUUAAUAACAACAAGGACUUUGAAAAGAAAAUACUGAUGUAUCUUUAAAGUAUUUAUGUAUCAGUUCUUUAUUCUUUCGAAUAUCAAAAUGUGAUCAAACAAUUUAAA